CUCUCCCUUCCCACUUCGCCCGCCCUGGCCCUGGCCCUGGCCCUGGCCCUGCCCCCGCCUCUCCGCCCCUCCGCGCCCGGGGUGUCAUUGGACUGGGGAGACGCGAGCCAACUUCAGGCUGCUCGGAGGAAGCCCGUGCAGUCACCUGGGUGCAGGAGCGUUGCAGCCUCGGGCUCUCUCGCUGCAGGGAGAGCGGCACUCGCUGGCCUGGAUGUGGUUGGAUUUAGGGGGGCUCCGCAGCAGGGGUGUCGUGGCGUUGGCGAGCGCUGCAACAGGUAGACGCCGAGAGACGGACCCCGGCCGAGGCAGCUAUGGAGACCAAAGGCUACCACAGUCUCCCUGAAGGUCUAGAUAUGGAAAGACGGUGGGGUCAAGUUUCUCAGGCUGUGGAACAUUCUUCCCUGGGACCUACAGAGAGGACCGAUGAGAAUAACUACAUGGAGAUUGUCAACGUAAGCUGUGUUUCCGGUGCUAUUCCAAACAACAGUACUCAAGGAAGCAGCAAAGAAAAACACGAACUACUCCCUUGCCUUCAGCAAGACAAUAAUCGGUCUGGGAUUUUAACAUCUGAUAUUAAAACUGAGCUGGAGUCUAAGGAACUUUCGGCGACUGUGGCUGAGUCCAUGGGUUUAUACAUGGAUUCUGUAAGAGAUGCUGACUAUACCUAUGACCAGCAGAACCAACAAGGAAGCAUGAGUCCAGCAAAGAUUUAUCAAAAUGUUGAACAGCUGGUGAAAUUUUACAAAGAAAAUGGCCAUCAUCCUUCCACUCUAGGUGGUGUGAACAGGCCCUUGAGAUCCUUCAUGUCUGACUCUGGGAGCUCUGUGAACGGUGGGGUCAUGCGUGCCAUUGUUAAAAGCCCUAUCAUGUGUCAUGAGAAGAGCCCAUCUGUUUGCAGCCCUCUGAACAUGACAUCUUCAGUUUGCAGCCCUGCUGGAAUCAGCUCUGUGUCCUCCACCUCUGCCAGCUUUGGCAGUUUCACAGUGCACAGCCCUAUCACCCAGGGGACUCCUUUGACAUGCUCCCCUAACGUUGAGAAUCGAGGCUCCAGAUCGCACAGCCCAGCACACGUGGGCUCUCCUCUCUCAAGUCCAUUAAGUAGCAUGAAAUCCCCAAUAUCCAGCCCUCCGAGUCACUGCAGUGUAAAAUCUCCAGUCUCCAGUCCUAACAAUGUCACUCUGCGAUCCUCUGUGUCUAGCCCUGCAAACAUCAACAACUCAAGGUGCUCCGUUUCCAGCCCUUCCAACACAAAUAACAGAUCCACGCUUUCCAGUCCAACUGCUAGUACUGUGGGAUCUAUCUGUAGCCCUGUAAACAAUGCCUUCAGCUACACUGCUUCUGGCACUCCUGCUGGAUCCAGUGUGGCCCGGGAUGUGGUUCCUAGUCCAGACACACAGGAGAAAGGUGCUCAAGAGGUCCCCUUUCCUAAGAGUGAGGAAGUGGAGAAUGCCAUCUCCAAUGGUGUGACUGGCCAGCUUAACAUUGUCCAGUACAUAAAACCGGAGCCAGAUGGAGCUUUUAGUAGCUCAUGUCUAGGAGGAAAUAACAAAAUAAAUUCUGAUUCCCCAUUCUCAGUACCAAUAAAACAAGAAUCAACCAAGCAUUCAUGUUCAGGCACCUCUUUUAAAGGGAAUCCAACAGUAAAUCCAUUUCCAUUUAUGGAUGGCUCAUAUUUUUCCUUUAUGGAUGAUAAAGACUAUUAUUCUCUAUCAGGAAUUUUAGGACCACCUGUGCCCGGCUUUGAUGGUAACUGUGAAGGCAGCGGAUUCCCAAUGGGUAUUAAACAGGAACCAGAUGAUGGGAGCUAUUACCCAGAGGCCAGCAUCCCGUCAUCUGCUAUUGUUGGUGUGAAUUCGGGUGGACAGUCCUUUCACUACAGGAUUGGUGCUCAAGGUACAAUAUCUUUAUCACGAUCAGCUAGAGACCAAUCUUUCCAACACCUGAGUUCCUUUCCUCCUGUUAAUACUUUAGUGGAGUCAUGGAAAUCACAUGGUGACCUGUCAUCUAGAAGAAGUGAUGGAUAUCCAGUUCUAGAAUACAUUCCAGAAAACGUAACAAGCUCUACCUUACGAAGUGUUUCUACUGGAUCUUCAAGACCUUCCAAAAUAUGUUUGGUGUGUGGGGAUGAGGCUUCAGGAUGUCAUUAUGGGGUAGUAACCUGUGGCAGCUGCAAAGUGUUCUUCAAAAGAGCAGUGGAAGGUAAAUGUUCAUGGCAACAUAACUAUUUAUGUGCUGGAAGAAAUGAUUGCAUCAUUGAUAAGAUUCGACGGAAGAAUUGUCCUGCCUGCAGACUUCAGAAAUGUCUUCAAGCUGGAAUGAAUUUAGGAGCCCGCAAGUCCAAGAAGCUGGGCAAGCUCAAGGGCGCGCACGAGGAGCCGCCGCCCGCGCCGCCGCAGAGCCCCGAGGAGGGGGCGCCGUACCUCGCGCCCGCGCAGGAGCCGCCCGUGCCCGCCGCGCUGGUGCCGCAGCUCGCCGCCGUGUCCCGCGCGCUCGCGCCCUCCCCGGUCACCAUCCUGGAGAGCAUCGAGCCCGAGGUCGUGUACGCGGGCUACGACAGCUCCAAGCCCGACACGGCCGAAAACCUCCUCUCCACGCUGAACCGCCUGGCGGGCAAGCAGAUGAUCCAAGUGGUGAAGUGGGCGAAGGUACUUCCAGGAUUUCGAAACUUGCCUCUUGAGGACCAAAUUACCCUAAUCCAGUAUUCUUGGAUGUGUCUAUCAUCAUUUGCCUUGAGCUGGAGAUCGUACAAACAUACAAACAGCCAAUUUCUCUAUUUUGCGCCAGACCUAGUCUUUAAUGAAGAGAAGAUGCAUCAGUCUGCCAUGUAUGAACUAUGCCAGGGGAUGCACCAAAUCAGCCUUCAGUUCGUUCGACUGCAGCUCACCUUUGAAGAGUACACUAUAAUGAAAGUUCUGCUGCUGCUAAGCACAAUUCCAAAGGACGGCCUCAAAAGCCAGGCUGCAUUUGAAGAAAUGAGGACAAAUUACAUCAAAGAACUGAGGAAGAUGGUAACUAAGUGUCCCAGCAACUCUGGGCAGAGCUGGCAAAGGUUCUACCAACUGACCAAGCUUCUGGACUCCAUGCAUGAUCUGGUGAGCGACCUGCUGGAGUUCUGCUUCUACACCUUCCGGGAGUCGCAGGCCCUGAAGGUGGAGUUCCCCGCCAUGCUGGUGGAGAUCAUCAGCGACCAGCUGCCGAAGGUGGAGUCCGGCAACGCCAAGCCCCUGUACUUCCACAGGAAGUGACGGGCCACGGCCCGGAGAGCUUUGCCUUAAGUUUCCCCUGCUCGUCCACACCCCACGAAGGACCCGAGCAAUCCGGUUUUUAGCACGUGCUGGUUGAUUCCCACCCGAGCAGUUUCUCGAGUUUAGAAAUCACGCCAAGGGUUUGGAGCCGGGAAAGCAGCGCGACGUGGGUUUGGCGAGAGCCGAGCAGUCGGAAGGCGUCUCCCCCUCCGAUCCCCGCGCUUGGAAACGCGUUCCUGUUCCUCUGGAUGAAAAGCCAUAUCUAGUCAAUAACUCUGAUUUUGAUAUUUUAACAGAUGGAAGUUUUACCUACGCCAUGUAGUUUCUGGUAUCGUUAGCUUGUUUUAAAAGGGUUCAAGGACUAACGGACUUUUUAGAGCUUACCCUUGGUUGCACAUAAAACGUAUAAUCAAUAUGGGGCAUUAAUAUUCUUUUCUUAUUUAAAAAAAAACACACA